AUGGGCUCCCGGCAUUUCCCAGCCCGGACAGUGCUCUUUGAGAAGGAGUCAAACGGCGUGACAUACCGCGUGCCAGCCCUGCUUUACCUGCCCUGCAUGGCCAAGCUGUUGGCCUUUGCUGAGGAGCGACUGAGCGCCGAUGAYGCCCACGCCAAUCUCCUGGUGCUGCGUCGGGGGACCAUCUACAGGAACUACGUGGAGUGGGAAGACAUGAGAGUGCUGGAGACUGCCGCUCUGAAGCACCACCGAUCCAUGAACCCCUGCCCCAUCUACGACGAGUUCACAGGUACCCUCUUCCUCUUUUUCAUCACGGUACUGGGGAAGACACCAGAAGCCUACCAGAUCAUCACCGGCCAGAACGUCACCCGUCUCUGCUACAUCACCAGCACUGACCAAGGCCUGAGCUGGAGUAAGGUCACCGACCUGACACAGGAGGUCAUCGGCAGAGCCAUCAAAGACUGGGCCACAUUUGCCCUGGGCCCCGGGCAUGGGAUCCAGCUCCGCUCUGGCAGGCUGCUGAUACCUGCCUACAGCUACCACAUUGACUGCAAGGAGUGCUUCGGGAAGCUCUGCAAAACCACCCCGCACUCCUUCACCUUCUACAGUGACGACCACGGCCGGAGCUGGCGCUUUGGGGAGUUCAUUCCCAACCUGCAGACYGGAGAGUGCCAGCUGGUCUCUGUGGACGAGGAGGAUGGCUCCAAUGUCCUUUACUGCAAUGCCCGGAGCCCCUUGGGUUUCCGAGUUCAGGCGCUGAGCACCGAUGAUGGGGCCGUCUUCCACGUCGGGCAGCUGGUGCAGCGGCUGGUGGAACCCCCGCACGGCUGUCACGGCAGCAUUGUUGGCUUCCCUGCACCUUUUGUAUAUGCCAUAUUGCAGGACAGCAUGGCCCCCAAACUACCUCCAAACGCYCUGCCUUCUUUCAAACCAACAUGGGUGCUCUAUUCCCACCCCACUAGCUCCAUGUCACGGGUCAACAUGGGGAUUCACCUUAGCACAUUCCCCAGGGAUGCUGAGAGCUGGACCGAACCAUGGAUCAUAUAUGAAGGCCCAAGUGCUUAUUCAGAUCUGGCCUACAUCGAGCUGCCCUACUCAGAGUACUCAGCUUCUGGCACACCAGCCAUUGCCUUUGCCUGCCUGUAUGAGAAUGGAACACGGUCUCCCUAUGAGCAGAUCUCCUUCAGCAUGUUCACACUGCACGACGUGCUCCAGAACAUCCCCUUGAUGUCCGCAGCUUUGGAGCAGAAGGAUGUCCCACUGAGUCACAGCAAGACGAAGGAAAGAAGCUGCCUUGUCUCCUAG